AUGGACAUCGCGGGACCGCAUUUAUACCAGUGGCACGAGUGGAAGGGGGGCGGAGGGGAGGAAACACAAACCGCACGGUUCUGCCGGGAGGCUCUGCGCUCCGGCGCGGAGAGAGGGAGGGCGACGGUAGGAGCCGCGGCUUCUUCCCGUGAGGCUCAACUUUAUACACCGCGUUUUCUCAAGGGAGAAGAAACUUUUUGCGGGCUUGAGGGAGCACCGGCGGCUGUUCCCGACGCCUCCAGGGGGUUGCAGAAUUCCCUCCAUGAGCUCGGCACGGACGGGGAGAGGCGGGAAGCGGACGGCGGACGGACGGGGGUGUGGCUGGUGGCCCGGUGUGCUCGGGACAGGGGAAGCGGCGGCGGCCGAGCCGAGCCGGGAGCGGGCGGCGGGGCCGGGGUCACUCCUGUUCGCAUACCCCCCCCCCCCCCAAGCUCGCGCGGAGUGCCCGGGGCUUGGAGUUCGCAGCUGGCCCUCUGGGCAGCCCUCGCGGAGCAGCGGGCACGGCCAGGGCGCCCAGACCCUCCCGGCUGCGGCGAGGGAGGCCGACUGUCCCGGCCGCCUGUCGCCGCGCCGCCUCAUGCCCCGCCGGCGUCCGGGCGCUGUGGCGGCCGCCGCCUCUCGCCGCCGCGGCGAUGCGGGUUUGGAGGCGGGCCGCCCCCGCCCCCCGGCACAGCCUGCCCGCCCGCCUGCGCGCCGUGCGGGGCGGCCGUGCGCCGAGGGAGCGCGGAGCGGAGCAUGGCGCGGCCGGCGGCCGGGCGGCAGCUGCGUCCGGGACCGGGGCCGCCGCUGCGGCUGCUCCUGCUCCUGCUGCUGGGCGUGCUCCUGCUGCGCGGUGGAGCGGCGGCGGGGGCCGAGCCGUGCCAGGCGCCGCGGCAGUGGGAAGGGCGCACCGUGUUCUACGACCACAGCUCGGGCCGCAACACGCGGGCCGCCGUCUCCUACGACGGCCCCAACCAGCGCCUCCGCAUCCUGGAGGAGAGGAAGGCGCUCAUCCCCUGCAAGAAGUUCUUUGAAUAUAUAUUGCUCUACAAAGAUGCAGUGAUGUUUCAGAUUGAACAAGUUACAAAGCUUUGUUCAAAGAUUGCUCUGACAGAGCCGUGGGAUCCAUAUGAUAUUCCUGCCAAUUCAACUUAUGAAGAUCAGUACUACAUUGGGGGACCUGGAGAUGAAGUUAUGGUACAGGAAUGGUCUGACAGAAAACCAGCCAGGAAAUUGGAAUCCUGGGUCGGCGUUUACACCGUCAAAGACUGUUACCCAGUACAGGAAACCUACACCAAAAACUACAGCGUGACAACCUCCACUCGCUUCUUCGACAUCCAUCCGGGCAUCACAGACCCCUCCGUGUUCACCCCACCCAGCACCUGCCAGGCAGCCCAGCUGACGAGGAUGAAAGAUGAAUGCUGAUUACGGACACUGGCUGCCCUGGGCAGAUGCGUAUUAGCCAAGAGGAUGGUUAUUAGUAGUCAGUUGUUGACUUCUAAGCUGAUUUUUCAAGCUAAUUGUUGCUCUUUUUGGAAUUCUUAAGUUUUCACUUGAGAGAGAACAUAAGCAUAUAACUGAGUAAAAUACAUUAAAAAAAAGGUAUCUUUCAAUCACAUUAAUCCGCUCAGUGAUGCAAUUGCAGUAUUAUAUAGUUACCAUUAAGAUAAUAUUUAUAGGUACUAUUUAUUUAAGGUUGAUUUUCCUUUUGCAAAGAUUUCAUUAUUUAUUUUUUCAAGAAGACAAAGCAGAUAGCAGCAAUGGUACUGCCUAGAAGAAAAAGCUAAAUUUCGUUGUCAUUAUUGUUGCUACUUUUGGAGACUUCAAGGGAAAGAUGUCCUGCAUAAAACUUCAUCCCUAAGUGAAAAAUAUCAUUUUAAAAGAUAUGCAUCAAAAUUACCUACAUUUGUUGUUUGGGUUUUAUUUUGCUUUGUGUUCUGUUUUUGUUGGGGUUUUGGUUUUUUUCUGCUCUUCAGGAAGCUGGUGGUCAAUUUUUGAGCUAAGUUUUGUUUUUCUGAAAAGAAACUGGAGUAGCUUUAUUCAUUUAAUGCUUGCUGACAUGCAAAAAAUACUUUUCUGUUUCUUCGGAGAAUGGUGUGAAAAGAAGGGAAGGAGGGAGAGGUACACCUUCAAAAAGACGUAAGCCAAAGUUUUUAUGCAUCUUCCUUUUGGAAAAGGUGUCCAGUAGGGUGUGUUAAGAUAAUUUUCAGUCAAAUUUUACUUCAGCACUCACUCUUCAUGGCCAUACUAGUUUUAACCUAUGCAAAGGGAUUAAACAGUACUGCACUCUAAAUGGCUUUAAUGUUUUGUUACUACUUCAAACAGUCUUUACUCAGGGUGUGGUAACACCUUUAUAAUUCCAGAGAGGUUUGAAAAAAGAGAAGCUGUUCUUCGUGCACAGUUAGUAAAGGCUGAAUCAGCAUUCACACAGUGCCUGGUGGUGAGGAUGGAGAGAAAGACAGAGCCUGUGACCUGUGUAGAAAGGCGGGAGGGAAGAACGGGAGGCACGGGUUUUAGAUGUUCUCUGUGCAGUGUGGCAGCGCGGCACUGCAGUCUAAGCAGACAUGACAAUCUUGCUUUCUUUUGCACCCACUCCAUUGAUACCUGUUUUAAUUGCUUUUUCAUCAGCAUCUCAAUCUUAUUAUCUCCACAUAACCAAAAAAGUGCAGCAAGUGCACAUAUUUUGUAUUAGAAAGUUCAAACCAAACCUUCAUGCACCUUUGAGACUCUCAGAAGUGUGAUGGGUUUUGCACUUUUACCAAAAUGGCAUUAACUGGUUUAUUCUGUAAGGUAUGCAUUUCAUUACUUGCAAAAAAAUUUAAAGACAGAUUCUUGUCUUCUUGACACAUGUUGGGUUGUUGUUAGCUCCAGAAAUCAUCUGGCUGUAAACAGAUGUAAACACUGGGAAGUUUGGUGUCUCCAGAGGAGAGAUACUGGGCAGGCUUUUAGUGCUUGAUAUACGCAUAGCAUUUUGUACGCAAGGAAGUGGGAGAGUGGUUGUUUUUCUUUCACAUUCUUUGUGGUCAGAAUGGCAUUUUAUUUUGCCCCAUGCCUAAUGAAAGCACAUAUACAUACCACUUAAAAUUUAGCUAGUUGAUUAAAAAUUUCUCUUGGAGAGGGCCAUUUCACUGAAACACACUAGUGGAAAGAAGGAUUUGGUUUCCUUGAAUUUAGAGUGCACUUAUUCUGUACUUGCCUUCUGUAUUUUUUGUGUGACACUCUAAAUGCUAACUGCAUAUUGUUCUCAUUAGGACAAUGAUUAACAUGCAUUUCUUAAUAUGUGUCUUGUUAGAAUCUGGAAAAUAUAAUAAAUCUGGCUAGCAAACAUGAA